CUCUCUCUUCUCGGUGAGACCUCUGACUCUGUUCUUCCUUCUUGCUGAGCAGAAAGAUAGUAUAAGCAGGAUUUGAAAUUCCUUCUGUUCAAUCAAUUGUUUUGUGGUGUGGAAGCUUUUGAUCAACCAGAAAGAUAGUAGUCUAAUUGAAGAAUGAGGCGAAGACCUGGAAUUGGCGGUUUACAGAACGCUGUUGUUGCCAGGGAUCAAUAUCGAUUGCUAGGAGAGAAUGUGGCAAAGUUAAGAACCGAUCUUAUGAAAGAACAGCUCACUACUUUUCGAUCUCAGCUUGAAGACUUUGCCCGAAAACAUAAGAAUGACAUUCGCAAGAACCCAGCGUUCAGAUCACAGUUCCACGAGAUGUGUGCAAAAGUAGGAGUAGAUCCUCUAGCCUCAAAUAAGGGUUUCUGGGCAGAGUUGCUUGGGAUUGGCGACUUCUAUUAUGAACUAGGGGUGCAAAUUGUUGAAAUUUGCUUGGCUACUAGACCACACAAUGGAGGUUUGAUCAAUUUGGAGGAACUCUGUAAACUGCUUUGUCAACGGAGAAAGGGUGCACGUGAAACUGUGUCUGAGGAUGACUGCUUGCGUGCUAUUAGUAAGCUGAAGGUGUUAGGCAGUGGUUUUGAGGUGAUUUCUGUUGGGAAGAGAAAGCUUGUUCGAUCUGUUCCGACUGAGUUAAACAAGGACCACAAUGAAAUUCUAGAGCUGGCCCAGGCCCAAGGCUUUGUGACGGUUGAAGAAGUAGAGCGGCGACUCUCCUGGUCUUCUGGCCGUGCCACUGAUGCCCUUGAAACUUUAUUAGAUGAAGGUCUUGCCAUGAUUGAUGACGGUCACAGAGACGGCAGACGCCGAUACUGGUUUCCCUGUGUAUCUUCCAUCUCCUCUUAUGUAGGAGCCGACACUCUCUAAGAUUCUUCAACAGGAUUUUCUUCAUUGUAGACAAGUGAGAUGUUUCAAGAGGAAAUCCAGACAAUUGAAAAACAUGUAUUUAAUUGUAACUCGUGGGAAUAAAAUUCAUCUUUUCCGGUCAUAUGAUCUGUUUUUGGCCAAGUUAAAUUUGCAAAACUCUAUGUUUGCUCUAUGGAGUAUGUGUAGGCCUGUCAACGGAUUGGAUGCAUGAUACUGGAUCGUCCUUGUCUUUAUUUUUCUUGUUUCGCAGGCUUGUAAUUACUUAUGAAAGCUUUUGCCUUUUUCUUUGAUAGAGAGCAGGAUAUCAUGGUUGUAAUAACUAUGUGGUAAGCACUUGUUUAGCAAUGUAUCAUUGGUUUGUCGUUGUUGGGAAAUUGCAUGUUGGGAAGUCUUGUUUUGGAAGAAUGAUGAAUUCGAUCAGCCACACAAUGGGGAUUUUUCAAGCAGGUUCAGCCUCCCAAUCCCAUGGACUACUGCGAG